UUUAUGUUUUGUCUUCUUUUUAUCCUCAAUAAAGACAAUCACUUUAUUCAUCAUCCUUAUAUACAUUUAAUAAUAUAGCCCACAAACCCCAAUUCAACAAGUUUAGAUUUUUCAUUGGUGUUAGUCACUGAAAUUCCAUAACAGUGAUAAUAUUGAGUUAAAGAUUUGAUUUUGACACCAAGAUGAAACUGGGUAUGAAUUUCAUGAUUUUUCUAGUGUUGGUGUCAUGUUUUUGGUUAGUUCCUACCUUUGCAGCAAAACAACAGAAGCUGAGAUUUGAUGAAAAUGGAGAAUUCAAGAUAUUGCAAGUGGCAGAUAUGCACUAUGCUAAUGGAGAGAAAACACUUUGCUUAGAUGUUCUUCCUUCUCAAAAUGCUUCCUGUAGUGAUCUUAACACCACUGCUUUCAUUCAUAGGAUGAUCCUUGCUGAGAAACCUAAUCUUAUUGUCUUCACUGGAGAUAAUAUCUUUGGGUUUGAUUCGGCGAACUCGGCGAAAUCAAUGGAUGCUGCAUUUGCUCCUGCAAUUGCAUCAAACAUUCCUUGGGUGGCUGUUUUAGGAAACCAUGACCAAGAAGGAACACUCUCUAGGGAAGGUGUGAUGAAAUAUAUUGUUGGGAUGAACAACACUUUAUCUAGAGUCAAGCCUCGAAAAGUGCGUAGCAUCGAUGGUUUUGGAAACUAUAACUUGGAGGUUGGUGGUGUUCGAGAUAGUGAUUUCGAAAAGAAAUCGGUUCUCAAUCUUUACUUUCUUGAUAGUGGAGAUUAUUCCAAAGUUGCUAAGAUCUCUGGUUAUGAUUGGAUCAAACCUUCGCAGCAAGUUUGGUUUGAGAAAACGUCUGCGAAGCUUCGGAAAAAAUACAUAAAAGGACAUGUGCCUCAGAAAGAAGCUGCUCCUGGUCUUGCAUACUUUCACAUCCCCUUGCCGGAAUACGCAAGUUUUGACUCAUCAAACAUGACAGGCGUGAAAAUGGAAACAGAUGGCGGCGAUGGCAUUAGUUCUGCUUCGGUGAACUCUGGUUUCUUCACAACCUUGGUUGCAGCAGGAGAUGUGAAGGCUGUUUUCGUUGGCCAUGAUCACAUCAAUGACUUCUGCGGCAAGCUAAUGGAUAUACAACUUUGUUAUGCCGGAGGGUUUGGAUACCAUGCUUAUGGACAAGCCGGAUGGUCUAGGAGAGCAAGAGUGGUGGUAGCUAGCUUGGAAAAGACAGGUAAGGGAAGUUGGGGAGAUGUCGAAUCGAUUAAAACAUGGAAACGCCUCGAUGAUGAGCAUCUCACUAGAAUCGAUAGUGAAGUCCUAUGGAGCAAAAGCUCUCGUGGAAGCAGUGGCUAAAAACAUAGAAAUUGAGGAUUUGAAAGUGAUGCAAAUAAGUGUUGCUAUAGAAAUUAGUAUUCAUUGAAAUUGGAAACUCUGAUACACAUAGCAUGUAAUACCAAUGCUGCAAUAGAAGGCUAAAGAUUACAGAAGAAAGAAUGAAGUUCAUUAAUGAUGUGUGAUUGUAUGCAUUAUACCUAAGAAACUUAAUAUAUUUGAAGGUUUUAUGUA